CCUUAAGACCAUCACUCUCACCCCUCUUGCCGCCACUCUCCUCGGCCUCACCCACCUCCCCCGCCGCCUCCCUUCCCCGCACUACGGAUACCUCACUGGCCGGCGAAAUCACGCAGGUCCCCAAGUUCCUACUUUAAAUUCUUUGUCAUUUCUGUGUGACAUUUGUAUAGACAAUCUGAUUACCCAGAAGAGCAAAUCGUUCAAGUUUGUAGGUUGUAGGUUGUAGGUUGUAAGGGACAUGAUCCAUGCUUCUUUUCCUACUGCUUGCAAGGCUUUUGACUGUUGAGUCGGGUUUCGAUUUCUCAGCCUCCCAUGUUGAAAAAUGUUUAGUUGUAUAGCCAUUAUUGAAAAAUUUGAACUUGAGUAACCAAGAAUGAACGUUGAAUGGAACUUUGGAGCCAGAGCAGUACGAAGGUCAUUGGGUUUUCAAUCAUAAUUUGCUCACAAGGUUUUAGUCGGGCAGAUUCGGAUGGAAGGUAAAAAUCAGAACUGUAGCCUAAGAGGUGGAAAGGAGGAUUCAAGAGGUGCCUUGGUUGUUCUUGAAGGCUUGGAUCGGUGUGGGAAGACGACACAGUCUGCUAGACUAGUCACAAACUUGGAGAGGUUAGGAUAUUCAGCUGAGUUGUGGCGGUUUCCUGACAGAACUACUAGUGUUGGGAAAAUAAUAUCUUCAUAUCUUUCCAACGAAUCACAACUGGACGAUCAUACAAUCCAUCUACUCUUUAGUGCCAAUCGUUGGGAGAAGAGAUCGUUGAUGGAAAGCAAAUUGAAAAGUGGAACCACUCUUGUUGUUGACCGUUAUUCUUAUUCAGGGGUGGCUUUUUCGUCUGCCAAAGGACUUGAUAUCGAAUGGUGUAAGGCUCCGGAGAUUGGGCUAUUGGCUCCAGAUCUUGUAGUGUACCUUGACAUACCCCCUGAAAAAGCUGCGGAAAGAGGAGGCUAUGGAGGUGAGAGAUACGAGCAGCUUGAGUUUCAGAAGAAGGUUGGUCACAACUAUCAGGUCCUCUGCAGUCCCACUUGGAAGAUCAUAGAUGCCUGUUCAUCCAUGGAGGACGUCGAGGAACAGUUGCAAGAGAUGGUACUUGAUUGUGUAAAAACAUGCCGAGAAGGGAAACCCCUCUCAUGUCUCUGGUCUGGUUAAAUUUUCUCUUCUCCGGAAGGGGCGAAGCGCUGGUAUCUUUGGAAGGUCGAAUGCAGAUUCCGGGCACAAUGAGCAGUGAACAAGCUUGCCCUGCUAUCUGUACGAGGAUUUCAUGUCGGAUCAUAGUACUACAUUACUCGUGUUUCAAAAGUAGAUUCGGUGUUUCGUACUCCUUUAACAGCGAAAAGGUCGGAAAAGUAUCAUCGGUUUCACGGACGCUGUCCGAUUGUGGUACUGUGACUAUUAACGUAUCAUUACUAUUUGUUGACUGAAAUAGACGAGAUUCCGAACUUUUUUGAAUGAAUUUGAUUGUAACCUCGGCAUUUCAGCCUGACUAUAUGAUAUGCAUGACAAUUGACAGGA